GCUACCUUCUCCUCCUGUGCGCACUCUGCGCGGGAUCUGCGACGCCGCGCUCUGCUCACGCACGAUCAUCGAUAUGAGCACGUCCACGCUCGCGCGGUUCCUGUCGGAAAACUACGGCGCGAUCAAGGCGCGCUAUCCUGGUGCGGGCAGGCGCAGGUGGAGACUCGCCGUGGCAGAGCUCUUCUGGGCUCUGCCCGCGGAGCAAAAGGCCUUGAUCAGUCAAAAUCCCCUCCUCGCGGACACCAUCGAAGAAGCCGACUUCAACACAGAUGACGAUCCCGCCGACGGCAUCUCCGACGACGCCCCCGGCCUCGGCGUCCUCCUCCGGGCGGACUACACGGACGAGGGUGCCUGGGCAGCGUUCUACGCCAAACUGCAGGAAGCAGAAGCAGAAUUUGCAGCCGACGCGUCACAAGAUGCACAGGCGGACACGCACGGCGAGGCACCAUCCGCCGCUCAGGGCGCAGCAUCAUCUUCGACCGAUGCUGGGGGCGACACCGCGAUGGUCGACGAAGUCGAAGACGCAGAUGCAGACGCAGACGCAGACGCAAACGAUGCAGACGACGACGAUGACGACGGCGGUGCGCCGAUAUUCGCUGUGAUCAACGCGGCCACACCCGCCGAGCAAGCCCGUUUCUCCGGCCUCUCAAACAUCGCCGCUCUGCGGCUGUUCAACGACGUCGACGUGCGCCGCGCGCCUGCCCCGCCGCAGGGCACACGGCGUAUCAAGCCGCCCAACCGCCUCGUCGACCACGACGGCUGGCAAGAGAUAUACUCGGGCAAGACGGUGUGGGUCUACGACGCGCGCUCGAACCAGGACCAGUGCGUGCGGCUUGUGAGCCAGGCGAGCGCGGCUAUGUAUGGCACGGCAACCGCCGACAGCUGGCGCGCGCGUGUCGGCCACAUCUGCGAGCUGCAGGUGAAUUUGGCGGCUGGGGCGCUGUCGAUCGACUUCGGCGGGCUCGACCGGUGGGACUACGACGAGCGGGCGCGGAACCUGCGCGAGGCCCUGCAGCUGUCGCAAUAAUAACGGUGUCAGUUUAACACUUAUGCAAUGCAAAUCUGUAUCUGUACCUCACUCAAGGUACCCACGGG